UCAUUUUCCAACGUUCUGCAGGAUUAUUUUCUGAUUUCAGGGUGAUCACGACUUGCGGUAUGUCGUUGAUCGCUCGCUUAAGACCCAUAGUGUCGGCGCGGGUGCUUCAAGGAAGGACAGCCUCUGCACUCGCAUUCAAGCCGUCGAGAAAACGAAUUGUCGACGUGGACGCAACUGCUCAUAAUUACAAAGUUGGCCAGAAGAUAUCGGGAUUUCAAAUUCAACGCGUCGAGCCAGUUCCCGAGCUAAGCCUUGUUGCUAUCAAAUUGAACCACCUGAAGACCGGAGCUGCACACUUACACAUAGCCAGGAAUGAUCGCAACAAUGUCUUCUCUAUCAACUUUCGUACUGUUCCGGUUGAUUCGACCGGUGUUCCUCACAUCUUGGAGCACAUGACCCUAUGCGGAAGCAAAGAAUUCCCUGUGCGUGACCCUUUCUUCAAAAUGCUUACUAGGAGUCUGGCGACAUUUAUGAACGCUAUGACCGGUAGUGACGUCACGUUGUAUCCGUUUUCAUCGCAAAAUGAAGCUGACUUUCGGAACAUCAUGCGGAUAUAUCUUGAUGCUGUUUUUUAUCCGAGGUUGAAGGAGAGCGAUUUUAUGCAGGAAGGCUGGAGGAUUGAACCUAAUGAUCCGAAAAAUGUGAAUGCUGGCUGGGAAUUUAAAGGUGUUGUAUUCAAUGAAAUGAAAGGCGUAUUCACAGAUCCGCAAUCACUUUUCGCGCAUCGAAUUCAAAAUGAACUUUUCCCGAAUCACGUGUACGGAAAUAUCAGUGGAGGAGCACCACUAAGUAUCCCGCGACUGACCUGGCAAGAGUUGAAGCAGUUUCAUUCUUCGCAUUACCAUCCCAGCAAUGCUAGAAUUUACACGUAUGGUGAUAUACCGUUAGAGAGCCAUUUAGAGUUUAUAGAUACGCAUCUGUCGAAGUUCGAUUUCAUCGAUUCGAAAACGGAUGUUCCACUUUCCCCAACGUGGAAUCAACCAAGGAAAGUUACUGUUUCAGCGCAACCUGAUCCCAUUUGUGCAGACGCGGAGCGUCAAUCUUCAGUCGCCGUCGCAUAUUUAUUGGAUUCCAUCCAGGAUCCUUCGAAUUCUUUGUGCUUGCAGCUGGUCUCGGAACUGCUAAUUUCCGGUCCGAAUUCCCCUUUCUACAAAGCCCUGUUGGAACCGAAACUUGGGACCUCCAUGUCCUCAGUAUCUGGAUACGAUGGAUCAACGUUGCAAUCCAGUUUCACAGUAGGUUUGCAGGGUGUUCGAGAAAAUGAGAUUGAAAAAGUUCUGACAGUCAUCGACGAGACGUUUCGAAGUGCCACGUUUCCGAAAGAACGGAUUGAAGCUUUACUACAUUCUAUUGAACUUGGAAUAAAGCAUCAGUCGGCCAAUUUUGGACUGGGUCUUCUCAUGGGAAUAACAUAUCCAUGGAAUCACGUGGAAGACCCGAUCGACCAUUUCAUGAUCAGCAAACACAUUUCGAAAUUUCGUGAGAACCUUAAAAAAGAUCCUAACUUCCUGGACCACUUAGUGGACAAGUACUUCAUCGAAAACAAGCAUAAACUCACAGCCAUCUUGAAACCAGAUCCUAAUUUUGAGCAGGAAGCGCAGAAGGCGGAGGCAGUGUUGUUGCAAAAUACACUUCAGACUUUGGAUGAAGAUCAAAAGCUCGAGUGGGCGAAAAAAUGCCAAGAUUUAGCGGAAGAGCAGCAUUGUAAAGAAGACGUUUCGUGUCUCCCGAUCCUGAAGCUUUCGGAGAUAGAUCGGGAGCCACCAAAGUACGACGUCGUGCAUGCAGAUAUCGAUGGAGUUGAUUUCCAGUUCUGUGCACAGCCAACCAACGGCGUUACGUACUUCAACGCAAAAAUCGACACGUCGUUACUGCCUGAAAACCUGAAACCGUAUUUGCCCACCUUCUGCUCUGUGCUAGCAAAAAUGGGAGCUGCAGAUCUUGACUACAAACACUUGGAUCAAAUGAUUGAGCUUCGCACAGGUGGACUGGCUGCGGGAAAUUAUGUAGAAAUGAAGCUCACGAAUAAGAUCAACGGACUUCCGGGAUCUGGUCACAGAUACGCGAUGCGGUCGGCUGGGAGAAAUCUAAAUGCUGCCGCUGCGAUGAACGAGAAGUUUUCUGGCUACGAACAGAUUCUUUUGUUGAAGGAUUUCUCAAGCGAAGAUAAAUUCCGCUCGACGUUGGAGAAUAUCCGAGAAAUAGCAGCUCUCGUCUUGAACAAGAAAAGAAUGCGAUGUGCCUUAAAUGAUACAAUAGAAAACAUUGAUGACGCAUUGAAGUCUGCUGAAAUUUUUGUAUCUGCUAUCAAUGGAAAACCGUUGAAGCCAGAGAAACGGUUUACCCAACGCUCGUUCAUUCCAGUCACGAAGAGAACUCACUUGGUUUUCCCCUUCCCUGUGAAUCACUCGUCUCUGUGCUUCCCUUGCCCUGCGUACGUGAGCGAGCACUUCGCUGCCCUACGUGUUGCAGCCAAGCUGCUGACUUCGAAAUUCCUACACCGGGAAGUUCGUGAACGAGGUGGUGCUUACGGAUCUGGUGUCUCAAUCUUAUCGUCAGGAGUGUUCUCUAUGUAUUCUUAUCGUGAUCCAAACGGUGCGGAGACGUUCGAUGUGUUUGAGAAGGCUGUGGACUGGGCGAUUGCUCCGGCAAAUUUCGCCGCGGACGAGAUUCACGAAGCCAAACUCGCAGUUUUUCAAGCUGAAGACGCUCCGGUGUCGCCGGGAAGUCGGGGAUUGACUGAGUUCCACUCGGGAAUCUCUUACGAUAUGCAGAAGAAGCACAGAGAGCAAGUGCUUGCCGUGACCGAGGCAGAUAUUCGUGUAGCUUUGGAGAAGUAUGUGAAGAAUGCCAAUGUCUCCGGGAGGUGUUUGAUCGGACCGGAAACUGACAAGAGCGCGUCGUUGACGGAAGGAUGGAUAAAAACGAGCGACGAAUUUGCGUUUGUCCCAUGGUGCGACAUGGAUUUCGUCGAUUCGUUGCUUCUCCAAGAAGCCAUGGCCGCCGCGUCGCUCGAAGGACCCGAAUGUGUUCCCCCAGUGUCGUUUUUCGAGGAAACUGAAGAAAAAUUUUGGAUCUGUGGACGGGCCUUCGAUGGCAAAACGGAUGAAGAUCGCGAAAGAAUUCGGGGAGCCUUGAGAUCCUUCUUGUGGCAAACAUAUCGGAAGGGAUUUCCUGCCAUCGGUGAUGAAUCUGGCCCCACAAGUGAUCGUGGAUGGGGUUGCAUGUUGCGGUGUGGUCAGAUGGUUCUGGCUGAGAGUCUUUUGCGCCUUCAGUUGGGUGCCGGAUGGAUGUGGACUCGAGCAUCGAGAGACGAUUCGUAUCUUUCGGUGUUAUCCACUUUUGCGGACGAACCUUCAGCUCCUUUUUCGAUACAUCAGUUUGCAUUAACGGGUGCUCAAGAUGGGGGUAAAUCCGUGGGCGAAUGGUACGGGCCCAACACCGUGGCUCACGUUGUGAAAAAGCUCGUUUCGAAACUCCCGAAUUGCGGGUUACGCGUUCACGUAGCGAUGGACAAUAUGCUCAUCAAAACGGACGUGAAUAACGGCGAGGAAUCUUGGAAGCCGUUGUUGCUUUUUGUUCCGCUUCGGUUGGGCCUAAGCGAAGUGAACGCGAUUUAUAAACCCGGGUUGAAAGCGUGUUUCAAGUUCAGCGCGGACAUGUGUCUGGGGAUCAUUGGGGGAACCCCGAACCACGCGUUGUAUUUUGUGGGCUGCGUCGGCGAUGAACUGGUGUAUUUGGAUCCCCACACGACGCAACAGACUGCGAACCCGAAGAUGAAAGAAGCGGAUGAUGAAAAGCAAGCGGAUUUGAGUUAUCAUUGCAACUUUGCUCGGCGUAUGCCCAUGUUGCAGAUAGAUCCAUCCAUUGCCGUGUGCUUCCUGUGUCAGACAGCCGAAGAUUUCGAAGCGCUUUGUAAAUGGAGCAAGCAAUGUUUCGUGGACGUUGAAAAACAGCCGAUUUUUGAGGUAAUGGAGAAUAAACCCGUGUAUUCUUCGCUCUUGGCGGACCAAAUUGAGUUUGAAUAUGACACUGCUCGGUUUGCGAGUGAUGAAGGACUCGAUUCAAGCGAUGAAUUUGAGAUAGUCGGCUAAAAUGUCCUAAUUCCUAUCCAGCAAUUUGCCAGAACGUUUUCGAACUUCGAGAACUUGCGUUUCCGUGCUUUUCCGCUUGCUAUCUCGCUAUAUUCAAUGCGAUGAAGGACAUUUCUGUGAUAACGGUUUGCGAUGCGUGGAAAUUAAAGGUUUCGGUGUUUACUGGAAA